GGGUGAAGCUGCUCUACAUGUGCUGAAUCGAAACGGUCUUCCUCGGCAGCUGGGGACGGCAAGUCGACCUCAUCAACGACAAGCGGUUGUGAGACAUAGCAGUCCGUUCUUGAUGCACAGAGACCUGCCAGAGGUUUGCCAGAGCCUGGAGAACCGACCUCCGUAUAUACAUAUUGCAGAAUAACUGCGUGUGCAAUUAGCCUUCUGAAAGGCAAUAGAUAUCAAUCAUACAUGCGCCGAGUUCAGGUCCCGGCCGCUACUUGUGAGUUGUCACCCGUAAUCCAUUCGCCAUGAAGACGGCGUGGAUCUGCGGCAUGAUGGCCGCGGUACACGCGAUCGAUCUCCCCUUCCAGAAAUAUCCAGAUUGUGUCAAUGGGCCCCUGGCGGCCAACAAGGUGUGCGAUCGGACGCUCUCGCCGGCCCAGAGAGCUGCGGCGCUCGUUGCGGCCAUGACGAACGAGGAAAAGCUGCAGAACCUUGUGAGCAACUCCAAGGGAGCACCCCGUCUCGGGCUGCCUGCGUACAACUGGUGGAGCGAGGCUCUCCACGGCGUGGCCUAUGCGCCGGGAACGCAGUUCCGCAAAGGGCCGGGUUCCUUCAACUCGUCCACCUCGUUCCCCAUGCCCCUUUUGAUGGCCGCCGCGUUCGAUGACGAUCUGAUCGAACGGAUUGGCACCGUCAUCGGCAUCGAGGGGCGGGCCUUUGGGAACGCAGGCUUCUCGGGCAUGGACUACUGGACGCCCAAUGUCAACCCGUUCAAGGAUCCUCGCUGGGGGCGCGGCUCCGAGACGCCCGGCGAGGACGUGCUCCGCGUGAAGCGCUACGCCGCCUCCAUGAUCCGCGGUCUCGAAGGCCCGGGACCCGAGCGCCGCGUGGUGGCCACGUGCAAGCACUACGCGGCCAACGACUUCGAGGACUGGAACGGCGCGACGCGGCACGACUUCAACGCCGUCAUCACGCCGCAGGACCUGACCGAGUACUACCUCGCCCCGUUCCAGCAGUGCGCGCGCGACUCGCGCGUGGGGUCCAUCAUGUGCGCGUACAACGCGGUCAAUGGCGUGCCGUCGUGCGCGAACGCUUAUUUGCUGCAGACGGUCCUGCGCGAGCACUGGAACUGGACCGAGCACGACAACUACGUCACGAGCGACUGCGAGGCCGUCCUGGACGUGUCGGCCAACCACCACUACGCACCGACCAACGCGGCCGGCACGGCCAUGUGUUUCGAAGCCGGCAUUGACACCAGCUGCGAGUACACGUCAUCGUCAGACAUUCCGGGGGCGUCUGCCCAGCGGCUGUUGACGUGGAGCACCGUGGACAGAGCGCUCCGCCGGCUGUACCAGGGGCUCGUGCGGACGGGAUAUUUCGACGGUGCCGAAUCGCCGCAUGCGGCGCUGGGUUGGGCCGACGUCAACACGCCCGAGUCGCAGCGGCUGGCUCUGCAGGCUGCUGUCGACGGCAUUGUCCUGCUCAGGAAUGACGGCACACUGCCGCUCCCGGUGGACGGACACAACAACUUGACGCGCCCGCCCAAGGUGGCCAUGAUCGGCUUCUGGGCGGAUGCCCCCGAGAAGCUCUCAGGGGGGUACAGCGGGACGCCGGCUUUCCUGCGCUCACCUGCGUUCGCAGCUCGACAGGCGGGCUGGCAGGUCAAGACCGCGGGAGGUCCGGUGCUCCAAGGGGAGGGCUCGGCCAACGACUCGUGGACGGCGCCGGCGCUUGACGCGGCUCGCGAUGCCGAGUACAUCCUCUACUUCGGCGGGCUCGACACCACGGCCGCGGGCGAGACCAAAGACCGUAUGACGCUCGACUGGCCCUCGGCGCAGUUGGCCCUGAUCAAGCGGCUCAGCCAGCUCAACAAACCGCUCGUCGUCCUGCAACUCGGCGACCAGCUCGACGCCACCCCGCUGCUCUCCCUCGCGGGGAUCAACGCCCUCCUCUGGACCAACUGGCCCGGUCAGGACGGGGGCACCGCCAUCGUGCAGCUGCUUAGCGGGCGCAAGUCCCCCGCCGGCCGCCUCCCCGUCACGCAGUACCCGUCCAACUACACGCAACUCGUGCCCAUGACCGACAUGGCCCUCCGUCCUUCUGGCUCCUCCCCGGGACGCACUUACCGCUGGUACCCCACGCCCGUCCUGCCCUUCGGCUUUGGCCUGCACUACACCACCUUCCAAGCCCGCUUCCUCAACAACUUUAGCAACUCUAGCUUUGACCCGCUUCUUUUCCCUUUCUCUUCGCAACAAAACGAUCACAAGACGACGAUCAAGAUCCACACCCGCGACCUCCUCCGCUUCUGCGACAACCACAACCACCACUCCCCUCACAAUCACAAGUACAAGGAUACAUGCCCCUUACCCCCCUUACACGUAGGCAUCACCAACACGGGGACGCGCUUCACAUCCGACUUUGUCGCGCUGGCCUUCCUGCGCGGCGAGUUUGGCCCGCGCCCUUACCCGCUCAAGACCCUGGUCGCGUACAGCCGGGUGCGGGACGUCAAGCCCAUGAUGAUGAAGGGGAAAGAAGAUGAUCAUGAGAUGGGUAUGGCUGUUGCGAAGCUGGAGUGGACGCUCGGGGAUCUGGCGAGGCGGAAUGAGAGCGGGGAUUUGGUCCUGUACCCGGGGCGAUAUGAGAUUGUAGUGGAUGAGCCGGAGCAGGAUAGCGUUGCGUUUGAGGUCGUUGGGGAGGAGGUGGUUCUGGAUGUUUGGCCGAGGGAGAACAAGUGAUUGGAAGGUGGUCUGACUGAAU